UCAACAAACAAUGUACCUUAUUUGCAUGUUGGCUCCCAUUCGUCGCUGCCCAACCAGGUGACUCAACGCGAGGGUACAAAAGUCAGCACCGUCUACCCACCAAAGCGUUGAGAGAACUAGCCGGAGAACUAGCCGGAGUGCGAGAGAGAAGAGACUGAGUACUGCCGUGCAUUCCUCUAGUGGCAGGGGUGAUCCAGCACCCAGAGAAAGACAUUCCCAGAAUUUCCAGAGCAUUCUCGGUGGCUCUGCUGACUAUCACUAUGCGGUGGCCAGGACAGCGAGCACCCCUCAACCGCACUGGGCAGUGGGGACAGAGUGCACCCACCACCUCAGGUGCCCAGGCGGGGUGCGCCCCCAGCCGCCAGUCUUGGCUCCAGGACCCCCGGGCUCUCAUCUUCGUCGUCUUUGGUGUCUUGUGGUUGGUCACAGCUGCCUCAGCCAUGCCCACAAGGCAAGAAAGAGUUCACCAGCAAUUCAAUGUCCCACAGGGAUGGAGACGCAACUUCUGGGAGUUGUGCCCACCAGGUGUUUACUGGGAGUCUUGUGUGUGCCAGCCACUGUGUUAGUGGAGGGCAUGAGGCCCCUCCCCUCCUGGGAUGGUACCCAGAGAGAGGGAUGAAUGUGAUAGAGAGAUAAGAUAGGAACCAUGAGGAUAAAAAAUACAAACAAAUGGUUAAGAAAUCAUUAUGAAAAGAUGAGAAAUGCAGAGCAAAACCACAAUAAGAUACCACCUCACAUACAUGUAGAUGACCACCACUAAAAAAACCAGACAACGAUGUGUUGGUGAGACUGCAGAAAGACUGGAAUCCUUGGGCUCUGUUGGUAGGAAUGUAGAAUGAUGCAGUCUUUAUGGAAAACAGUGUGAAGAUUCCUCAAAAAAAUUAAAAUAGAGUUACCAUAUGAUCCACCAGUUCCCCCUCCAGGUUUAUAUCCAUCCAAAAGAAUUUAAAGUAGGAUCUAAAACAGAUAUUUACAUACUCCAUAGCAGCGUAGCCCGUUGGCAGACAGGUGGGAAAGAGGGAUGCAGAGAGGGGAACAAGGCAUGCUGGCCUUGAGGAGAGGCGCCAGAGAAGCAGUGGCGGGAUAGGAGGUUCGGGCUGCUAAAACUACCCGGAGGCAAACUGGCUGCAGGGACACGACAGGGAGUCUCACCAAUGAGGCCUCCAGCCCAGGGGAGGUCCCGUGGCACCAGGACAUCAACCGGCCUUCUCCGUCCCCGGGGCACCCUCGCGGGGCUCGUGACCACCACCGCCAAACGGCAGAGGCGGCCCGCCAGAAUGCUCUCCUGCACGCGUCCUGACGACCGCACACACGCCCGCCGCUCCAACACCCCCCCUCCCCAUCUGAUCCGAGAGCACUUCCCCAGGGACGACACCUACUCGAGGCCAGGCAGUUUCGGUCGCAGCGAUGGAGAGGGGCGGGCGCGCAGGCAGGGCUAGGCCGAAAGGCAGGGGCACGGGUGCUGCCUAGGGAAGGAAGGACCCCGACGCCUUCAGGGCCACUUGGAAAACAAACACGGAUCCCACCGCCACAGGCAUGAGGGCGGUCCCACGACGCCUGGGACACCGGCCCUCCGCAGCCACCUUAGAACCUCCCGCGACGCCGCCCCACCUCCGGGGCCUGCGCGCGACAGUCCCCUCCUCCACCACCAGCAGCAGCAGCACCACCACGACCAUCACCACGGAGGGUCUGUCUACCCAAACAUGCAUCCAUCCAUUUUCAUCUGGUCCGCCCGGGGGGCCUCACGUCCAGGGAAACACUCCCCGGCGAGGCCAUCCGACCUGUCCCGCGCGCCGCCACCGCUGCCACUCCAUUCGAGAGCGGGCAGGACAGCUGCUCAGAGGAGGGGACUAGGGAGUCGGGAGGGAAUGUCCCCCAGCAUUUCGGCACGAGACGCGGUCACGGCCGGGAAAGGCCUGUGCUGCCUCAAGGCUGGUGGGUGUGCCUCACCAGGGGGCUUUUCUGAAAAGUCUGAGAGGCCGCCUCGCCUCGCACGACCCACAGCGAUCACUCACGAGCCAGGGGAAGCAGGGGAUACACCGCGCACGCCGCGCCACGUCAGUCCCCCUCCACGCGCAGUGAGGACGACUAUGCCUAGGCACCUGCCCCCCCCCCCCCCAGAGGGGACGGGCGUGUCUCCCCUACCUUUUCGACCUCCAAGAAGGAGGCUCUUGGGACGCACCACCGCUGUGGGGAGGCCAGGGGCUCGCUGGGAAUUGGAAACGAAGCUGCAACGCGGUCUUGGGCACCCGAGGGCUUUUUGGAUAAGUAGGCAAACUUUAUAUCAAAUUUAAGAAAAAUUUGCCCAUUACUUCAUCAAAAUUUGUGUUUUCUGCUUCUCUUUCUUUUCUCCUGCUAGAACUACUGUAAUGUGUAUACUGGUGCAUUUUAUGGUGCCCCACAGGCUCCUCAGGCCCUGCUCUUUUUUUCCUUCUUUCUGUUUCUGCUCCUGAGACUGGAUAAUUUUAAUAACCUUAUCGCCAUGAUCACAGAUUUUCUUGUUGUUGUUCUGCCUGCGCUGAUUUGCCAUUUAACCCCUCUAGCGACGCAAAGACACAAAGAGGUUGAAAGUAAAUGGUGAAAAAGGUGUUGCAACCAAAAGAGCUGGGGUGGCUAUACCAUGAACAAACAAAAUAGAUUUAAAGUCAUGAUAGUUUUAUAAGAGAAAGAAGAACAUUAUCUUUUCAAACUUUCCAGAUUUUUUCUGUUAUUUUGAAGAAAUCAUUCUUUUUGGGAUACGUUAUAUACUUUUUUCUUUCGGUAUUUUUGAGACAAAAUUGACACAUAGCACUCUAAAUAAGUUUAAGCAGCAGCAGAAUGGUUUGACUUAACAUCACGAGAUUACCGCAGUAACUAUAGUGAACAUCCAUCAUCUCACACAGAUAAGAUUUAAGGGAGUAGAAAAAAAAUUUUUCCUUGUGAUGAGAACUCUUAGGAUUUACUCUCCUUACAGCUUUCAUGCAACGUGCCACAGUGUUAAUUAUAUUUAUCAUGCUGUACAUUAUACCCCUAGUACUUAUUUAACGUAUUAACUAGAAGUUUAUACCUUUUGACUGCAUUCAUCCAGUUCCUUCUCUCCUCACCAGUGCCCUCCAGUAACCACAAAUCUGGUCUUUUCUAUAAGUUUGUUUGUUUUUGAAGUAUAAUUAACCUCCAGCAAUACUAUGUUUGUUGUUCCUGCUACACAGCCUAGUGAUUUGAUAUUUCUAUAAAUUUCAAAAGGAUCACCACAACAAGUCUAGUUGCCAUCUGCCACUGUACAAAUGUAUUACAUAAAAUCAUGUAAUAACUGUAAACAUAUUCAUCUAAUAGAGCCUCAAAAAUAUGAAGUAAAAAUGCACAGACUUGAAGAGAGAACUAGUUCAACAGGCUAGGCUACAAAACAACCUUUAAUAAAUUUUAAAAGAUUGAAAUCAAACAAAGUUUCCUCAUUGAUCAAAAUGGGGUAAGGUUUGAGAUUGGUAAUAGAAAGAACACUGGAAAAUUCACAGUAGACUCAGAAUUGAUAACUAAUGGUUGACAUCAGGCAGAAUGAAUUUCCCUGUGGGAAUUCCACUGAAGGCCAAAAGAGGAGUGCCCCAUCACUACAGCCAGCCUCUGGGAAUCCUGUGGGGAUUCACUCACCAGAUUUUAUCUCCCUUCCCAGGAUACCAUGUAUCAGAAGAUGGAAAAAAUUGUACAUCCUGUAUACAUGGAGUGGACUUUACCAUUUACUGGAAUGUGCUACCUUCCUGCUUACCGUGUACAACCUGCAAAUCAGGUGAAGAAGAGAAGACCCCUUGCACAGCAACUGCGGACACACGGUGUGAGUGCAAACCUGGAACUUUCCGUGAAGAAAACUCCCCCGAGUUCUGCCAGAAGUGCCACACCAGGUGCCCUGAUGGGAUGGUCAUGGCCACGCCGUGUACCCCCUCGAGUGACCUCAAGUGUAUGGAUCAAGAGUCAGGUACCCGGGGCAGUGGGGAGGCCCCGGAUCUUGGAGAGCCAGUGACCACGAACCUGCAACCGCCCACCGCUUCCUCUCCCUCCUCAGGCAAUUCAGAACUGGUGGUCGGAAUUGCAGUUCCUUGUUCAAUUCUACUUUUAGCGGUGGUGAUCGCAUGCUUGGUCUGCAAGUGCAAAGUUCAAGGUUGUGGACUGCACCGCAAAUUCAUGGACAAAGUCCUUUUCUGGCGAUCACAUCCCUCAAGAGGGCCUGGAGCUCAGGAUAACAAGCUGAUGUGUGGAGAUUCACUGUCCACUCUGCUCACCAAGAAGGAACAAGAAGACCAGGAGCAGGAGAAGCCGGCAGAUGUCACAGUACAGUCCUCACGGGAAGCAGAACAUCUGCUGGAACCGGCAGCAGCUGAAGGGUCUCAGGUGCGAAGACGGCUCCUGGUUCCUGCGGACGGUGGAGACCCCACAGUAUGCUUGAGGCAGUGCUUUGAUGACUUUUCCAACAUCGUGCCUUGUGAUUGCUGGGACAAACUCAUGAGAAAGAUGGGCCUCAACCAAAAUGAGAUCCUUCAGAGCAGAGAUCGCGCCCGGAACACCGGGGAUGCCUUGUAUGAGAUGCUGGAGACCUGGGUCCGCCGCAAAGGGCGGGAGGCCUCAGUCAACGACCUCCUCGAUGCCUUGGAAGCACUGGGGCAAAGAUCCGCAAAGGAGGAAAUUGAGGACAAGCUUGUGGACUCAGGAAAAUUCGUCUUCAAAGAAAGUGAAGCUGGUGCUGCUGUGUCCUGAGUGUAAAAGGAUCUCUUUAUGAAACCACAGCUUCCCUACUUUAUGUUUUUUGCUGGAAAGGGAAGCAUGAUUAGAUACCAGCUUGAAAGAAACAUCAGGUACUUGGACCAAAUACUUGAAUGAAGUCUACCUUCGGAUAUAUGCCACACUUGUAAAGUUCUAGAACUUUUUGGUUAAACUAGAGUAAUUUUUGAGAAAUGUCAUUGAUAAGCGAUGGUGGAAACAUUUAUGAAUAUGUGCGUGAAUUUACUGAGAGCUGAUUUAGGAUAUCAUUCUGUUCAGGACACUCUUAUCCUAACAGAAUUGCACUUUUUACUUGUACUUUUUAUAAUGUGAGUUCCAUUUGGAUUGAUAUGCUUAUUCUUAAUUGUCUAACUGUACUAUGAUAUUUUAUGAUAUACAUUUGUCUAUUUUUAUAUUUUUGUACGUAUUUGUAUAAAUGCACAAAACUUUUUGGAAAUGCACUUACUCGGUUGCCUGCAUGAGUUCCUAAAAUAGGAGCAAGCAACAAUAACAAAAGAAACCCAAAGAAGGAAGAGGAAAAAGCCCAUCGCUUUAGGAGGCAUCAUUGAGUUCAGUUCUCCCUCAUAUGGGAGUUUAACUUGUCUAGGAGUAGAUAACCAACUUUUAAAGUGUCCAUCAUUUCCAACUGAUUAUUUUAUAGAUAUGGGAUUAUUUAUAUUAUUUAUUGGUAAAUGUUUACAAAUGAGCAGAGAGUGGGUCUGUUAUACACAGGCUUUAUUAUGUUGAGGUAUGUUUCUUCUAUGUCCAUUUAGCAGAGAGCUUUUUAAAUUAUCAUUAUAAAUGGAUGUUGAAUUUUGUCACAAUCUUCUGCAUCUGUUUUGAUGAUCAUAUGGUUUUUAUGCUUCAGUUUGCUGAUGUGCUAUACUAUAUGGGUUGAUUCGCAGAUAUUGGAAAAAUCCUUGCAUUCCUGGGAUAAAUCCCACGUAAUCAUGGUAUAGAUUCUUUUGAUGUAUUGCUGGAUUUGGUUUGCUGAUAUUUUGUUGAGGAGUUUUGCACAUAUGUUCAUCGGUGAUAUUGGAUGGCAAUUUUCUCUUUUCGAUGAUAUCUUCGUCUGGAUUUGGUAUCAGUUUGAUGCUGGCCUCGUAGAAUGAGUUCAGAAGUGUUCCUUCCUCUACAAUUCUCUGGGAUAUUUUGAGAAAGAUAGGUGUUAAUUCUCACGAUGUUUGGUGGAAUUAUUCUGUGAAGGCUCGUUGGGGUUUUUUUUUUAUUAUUUGGUUUGUGGGUUUAUUAUUAUCAUUGUUAUUAUUACUGAUUCAAUUUUGGCUGGUCCCAGAAGAGGGUCUGAGAACAGUUUGGGGCCACAGCCUGUAGGAUUGUGAGGUUUUUUGCACUUAGUGUCUGCCCCCUGCCCUCUGGAGGCUGUCCAGAGGCUGGUGUAGGCUUCCUGGAGGGCAGGGCCUGUGCCUGCCCACUGGGGAGUAGAGCUGGGUCUUGGCCUGCUGGUGGGUAGUGCCAAGGCUUGGGUGGCUCUGCAAAGUCUUUAGGCAGUCUCUCUGCUGAUGGGUGGGGCUGUGUCCCAGUUCAGUUAGUUGUUUGGCUUGAGGCAUCCCAGCACUGGUGCCUAAAGCAGUUGCGGGGGGAGGCAGGUCUUGGGAGUUAAGAGGGAGGAUCCCACAAUGGUGCCAGCCAGCACCAGUGUCCACCAGUAGGAGCUCCAAAGUAUGGCUGCUACCAGUAUAUAUGUCCCCAGGGUGCGCUGCACCCAUGCCUUUCCUCUCUGGUACACUAAGCAGCAAGUAGGUCGGGCCAGGCUCCUCUAGAGUUACUGCUUUUUGCUCUAGGUUCCAGUGCAUGUGAGGUUUUGUGUCCACCUUUUAAGAGUGAAGUCUCUAUUUCUUCCAGUUCUUCAGGACAUCUGAAAUUAGGGAUGCCUUCAAAGCCAAAUGCUUUAGAGGCUCAUCUUGCUGGUGCUGGGCUGGGGAGCCUGAUGUGAGACUCAGAGCUGUCCUGUAGAAGUAACCUCUGCAGUGUGAUUAUUCUACACUUUGUGGCUCAUCCAACCAGGGGAAUGGGACUUGAUUAUACUGCGUGUCCACCCCUCCCACUCAACUCAUUGCGGUUCCUUCUUUGUCUUUAGUUGUAGAAGAUCUAUCCUGGUAGGUUCCAGUCUUUUUCAUCAGUGGUUUUCUGCAGAGAGUUGUGAUUUGGGGGUGCCUGCAAGAGGCCAUGAGCUCAGGGUCUUUCUACUAUGUCAUCUUGGCUGAUCUCUGUAUUACAAUUUUGAGAAUAAAAGCAUGAAAACUGGAGUUCCUGUUGUGGCUCAGUGGUUAACAAAUCCGACUAGGAACCAUGAGGUUGCAGGUUCGAUCCCUGGCCUCGCUCAGUGGGUUAAGGAUCUGGCAUUGCCGUGGGCUGUGGUGUAGGUUGCAGACGCGGCUCGGAUCCUGUGUUGCUGUGGCUCUGGCAUAGGCCGGCGGCUACAGCUCCGAUUAGACCCCUAGCCUGGGAAUCUCCAUAUGCUGUGGAAGCGGCCCUAGAAAUGGCAAAAAGACAAAAAGACAAAAAAAAAAAAACCAACCAACCAAAAAACGCAUGAAAACUGGCUUCCACUUGUGACUCCUCCCUUCCCGUAGCUCCUCCUCCUAUACCUUUACUCCUUCUUUAACUGUCCCUCCCAGCCCUUAGUGGGAGGUGUCCCACUGCAGCUCCCUCCCCUCAGCUGAAGGGUGGCAAACCACUUUCUUAACUUUUAAAAAUAUUUUGUAACCACUUCAGCCCUUCUUCCACCAUCCCUCUCCCUGCAGUAUUGCAGUCAUGGCAGGAUAAUGUUACGGAAGUUGUCCUUCUUGGGUUUAGGGUUUUUCCAUUCUCAAAACUGUCUCCAAGAGUGGUAUGGCUGGGCCCAAACUGGAAGUGGCUGAGCAUUUAGGCAUGUUCAGGGUAUGGUGUUCUAAUGGAGUUUGGUAGGGGUCCUACCUCAGUGGCCUUGGUGCCAUGUCCCCUCCCCCUUCUUUCCAGAGGUCCUGCCCGGCUGCCCCUCCCUUUCCUGGAAGUCGGGUGUUUUCCUGCCCUCGCUGUUCCUUCUGGUAGGACACUGUUCAUCUUCAGAGAGAGAAAUGAAUUAUUGGCAAUCACGUUCAGUUCACUUGUCCCUUUCUCGGAGGACUUCCUUGAGUGCCUUCUAAAGUAUUAGCCUUGUCAGUGUUUGUCAUGUUUAUUUCAGGUAAUCAUAAGGAGAGCAUGAGAUUGUCUUUUUUUGUUUCAUAUCCAGUCCAAAUAGCACCUGACCAACGAAAGGCACUUAAUAAGUGUUUCAUUAGUAUCACUGGGUAUCUUUUCAUGCUUCUCUCCAUUGGACGUUCCCACCUUUGAAGAAUUUGUUGGAAAUAUCAAACAAUGCAAGAAAGGCCAUUAGGUACAAAAUACUCAUGUGUUUAUGAAUUCAUGACCAAAUUAAAUAUGCAAUUUUAUAUAAAAA